AUGAAUCAAAAUUUAGAUGGACAUUCAAACAUUGUUCAUAUAGCGGAAUGGAAUGAAUGCUGUCAAAAGUUAACAACAUGUGACAGUAAUGGUUUGAUAAUUGUUUGGUUAACACAAAGUGAUAGUUGGUAUGAAGAAAUGAUCAAUAAGAGGAAUAAAUCAGUUGUGGUCGGUAUGGCAUGGAGUCAUAAUGGUAGCAAAAUUGCUAUCGCUUAUGAAGACGGACAAGCGAUCGUUGGUUCGGUUGACGGAAAUCGUUUGUGGAACAAAAAUGUUGCUAGUAAUUUGGUUGCACUCUGUUGGUCAGGCGAUUCAUCAUCGGUAUUGUUUGGUUUGAUAGAUGGCGAAAUACAUACGUACGACGCGACAGGCGUAUUUAUGUAUAAGCUACGUAUGGCUUGCAUAGAAAAUGUCGAAUUAGAAACAGCCUUAAAUAAGGAUUUGCGCCGUGUUACAAUUGCUUCUAUGGAAUGGUUUAUCCCACUAUCUCAAUCAAAUUUAUUGAUUAUUGAAUUUCCGGUAUUACGACGGUGUUAUAUUCCGGAUGACCGACCGCGAUUUCUCGUAGCAUACAAUCAUGGCAUUGUACAAUUGAUGAGGCAUGAAAAUGAUUCAAAUCCGGUCAUCAUUAAACUACCAAAUAUGAUUCUUAGCAAAGCUCGAUGGUCACCAGAUGGCUCAAUGCUUGCAAUUUGUGGUGUACAAACAGAUUCGGAAGAUGAGAAAUGUAUGAUACAUUUUGCAACUGCCUAUGGCGAGCCUUUAAGAAAUUUGUCAAUACCGGGACAAACAAUUGCGGAUAUAUCUUGGGAAGGUGAUGGUUUACGGCUUUGUGCAGCAGUAGAUAGCCAUUUAUUCUUUGUUAAUAUUCGACCGGAUUACAAAUGGGCCUAUUGCGGUCAAACGGUGAUUUAUUCAUACGAAAAAGUGGAGAGCAAAGAACAUUUUGUGGUAUUUUUUCAAACAAAACUUGAAGAAGCUUAUUUGCAAUGUGUAAAACCGAUAGUCGCAUUAGCUGCUUCCAACGAACAUUGCAUUCUGAUAUCACGUGUAGAGAAUCAAAUUGGCCAGUAUCUCAUGCAAAUUUGCAAUGGUAUCGGAACAACAAUUGAUUCCAAAUACAUCAAUUUGGAACCAAAAUAUGUCGUGAUGAAUGAUUCUGAAGUUGUGAUCGCAAACAAUUUAUCAUUUACUAUUUGGCAGUACAAUAUUCCAUGUGCUACAAGUCGAGAAGUUAAUCUUAGUGUUGAUUCAAGUUCAAGCGACCAAAAGUUGUAUUAUGUUGACGAAAAUGAUGAAAUCGAUGUAACUUCAUCUAAUAUUAUAAGAGGACGAUCACAACGGCAGAAAGAUGAAAUAUGUGCAUUAGCAAUCUCGAAACAGUUUAUUCUCGUUUGUCGAAAUUCCGGAACGGCUAAUUAUUAUUCAUUACCAGAAGUAAAACUACAAUCAACUCUUAAUUUGGGUUGUUGUGUGGAAAAAUUGGAAUUGAAUUGUAAUGGAACACGACUCGCCGCACUUACUACCAAGGGAUUAAAGUUAUUCGAAUUACGUGAAAGUACCGUAAUAUCAUUAUACCUUGAGCGAAGCGAUGUUUGGAACAUUAAGUGGGAUUCGGAGAAAGAUGAUACGAUAGCGGUAAUGGAGAAAACGAGACUGUAUGUUGUGCGAAAUAAAGAAACUGAAGAACCAGUUGUUAAUAAUGGUUACAUUUGCUCCUUUAAAAAUCUCAUCGUUCGUACCGUACUCCUGGAUGAAUUGAUGAAAAAUCCUGAAACACCUCAUAAAUCGUUCAUCAUUGAUGUCGAAAUUAAGUUGCUUCGAAAUGUGAAAAAUCUCUUAGAGAAGAUGAAAAUUGAUGAAGCAACAGCAUUUAUCGAAAGGAACAAUCAUCCAAAAUUAUGGGCAUUAUUGGCUGAGGUUGCUUUGAAUCGUCUUGAUACAGUUAUUGCGGAACAUGCAUUCGUGAUGUUGAAGGAUUAUGCGGGAAUACAACUUAUUAAACGGAUCGGAGCUUUGCAACAUGAUGGAUUCAAGAAAGCUGAAGUAGCAGCAUUUUAUGGACGCAUCGAUGAAGCGGAAAAAAUUUACAUGGAAAAUGAUCGACGUGAUUUAGCAAUUGAACUUCGGGAGAAAAUGAACGAUUGGUUUCGAAUUGUGGAGAUUUUGCAAAAAAGUCGGCAACCGGGUGAUGACGAGUUAUUGAAAAAGGCAUGGAAUCAUAUUGGUGAUUAUUAUGCUGAACGACAGAAGUGGAAACAAGCCGAGAGCUACUACGAAAAAGGAGAAAAUCAUGAGCAACUAAUUCGAUGCUAUCUGAUGGAUGAUAAUUAUGAUAAUAUGGAAUUAUUGGCAAAGCGUUUGCCUGACGGGGACAAACUUAUCUCGGAAAUUGGUGAAAUUUUUGUUAGUGCUGGUCUAUGUGAACAAGCAGUACAAUGUUUCGUACGGUGUGGUAUGCUAAACGAAGCAUUAGAUGCUUGUAUACAAUUGAAUCAAUGGGAACAAGCGGUCCAACUGUCCAAGACGUAUAAUCUUCGUGAUGUCCACUUAUUGCUUAAUCGUUAUGCUGAACAAUUGACAGGAAGUAACGAGAAAACGUUAGCAGCUGUGCAACUUUAUAGAAGAGCCGGCAAAUAUUUAGAAGCAGCUCGCAUCAUUUUUGAUAUUGCAAAUAAUGAACGUUUAAAGCAAGCUGAAGCUUUACGUCUGAAAAAACUUUACGUAAUGGGCGCUCUUCUUGUUGAACAGUAUCAUGAACAAAGUAAAUCAGAAAUUGCUAGGGAAUCGACAAAUAAAUCUGAUGCAGAAAUAGCUUUAAAAGGAUUGCUAGAAGAGGAUAGCAAAAUUUCGCUUGCUGAUAGUACUAUCAUUGAUAAUGCAUGGCGUGGUGCUGAAGCAUAUCACUUUUACAUGCUUGCACAUCGGCAGCUUUAUAACGGUGAUGUGGAAAAGGCAAUGAUGACGGCAUUGCAUUUAACGGAUUAUGAAGACCUUAUCGAUCCUGCCGAAAUUUAUUCCCUUCUCGCUUUGUCGAGUUGUGUUACACGACAGUUUGCGGUAUGCAGUCGUGCAUUCAUCAAACUGGAAAGUUUGGAAACAUUUACAGCAGAUGAGAAGGAAACUUAUAAAAAACUUGCCAUAAAAAUUUUUACGAAAUAUCCACCGAAGGAUACACGAAUGAAUAAAGUGGAAUGCGUGGGAUGCUAUGCACAGAUUCAAGAUUAUUGUCAAGUAUGUCCAUCGUGUGAUAUCAAAUUUCCGACUUGUGUGGUAACCGGUCGACCGCUUCUUGCUCAGCAAUUUUGGCUCUGCCCAACCUGUAAACAUCGUGCCUAUGAGGAGGAAAUUAAUUUGUUGCAAUUUUGUCCAUUAUGCCAUGGAAAAUUAUGA